AUGGCUGUCAUGCAUCACCGCAGCCAAUUAGAGACGGCGGCGCCACCCCCAUCUCCGAUCCCAACCGCCAAGGGCUCCCGCUCCGCAGCCUCCGAAACCUUCACGCAAUUCCUCGACAACUGCCUCAAGAUCCCCGAGCUCAUCGCAUUGCCGCCUUCCCGCCUUCCCAGCAUAAACUCACGUCAAAUCGCUGACGUCGACUUCCGAUCCCUCUCCGCCGACUCCAUCGCCAGCCUCCUCGUCUCGGCCAAGCAAUUCAGCGCGUUUCGAAUCAUCGGUCAUGGAAUAACGGCGGAUGAGCUGAGUUCUGUGGUUCAAGAAGCCGAAUCGGUUUUCGGAAAUGCAGAUCAUCAAUCGGGAGGUUUUAUUGAGAGCGUUGGUAGCCGUGAGGUGUUUGCUUGGGUCCGGGAUCAAAAGAUCAAAUCAGACCUAAGAUAUGACAACUUUUGUAACAAUAUGGGGAAGGUUGCGAGUAAAAUUGAAGCGAUUGCAGAACAAGUGAGUCAAAUUUUCUAUAAAAAUCCGAAUGUGGAAUUUGUGAGAAGAAGUGAAGAGAAAGAUUGGGGUUUUAGGCUAUACAGAUACAAUCAUGACCAAGAUGAUACAAAGGAGCACAACCACAGUAGUUCACGGAAUGAGAUCGACUGUGUCGACGACCGUGAGUGUGAUGAUCAUGGUUUAUGCAUCCACCUUCCGCUUGAGCACUUUCAGUUCUACAUUCAAUCGGAGCGAGGUCCAUUGACGUUUGAUGCAGGGCCUGAGAUGCUUGUCGUUACAAUUGGAAAGCAGCUAGAGGGAUUUAAAUGUGUUUCAGGGGAAAUGAUAUGUGUGCCUGACACAGGCAGAAGCCAAGCCUCUUUCUCCUUGCAACUCAAAGUUCCAUUCUCAUCGAAUUUCCGAAAAAGUUCCAAGACAAUUUCCAUUGUUGAUCAAGUUUUCAUUGCAGUAUUCCUCUGCUUACUAUACAAAGUUGUUGUGUUCUUGUACACUUUUACAACUACAUAGACUAACUAUUUUUUUGGCUGUGGGUGAGGGUGACGUUCUUUUAAGUAAAACGUAACAAAAAUCUGGGUAAUGGCUUUUGGGUGACAUUGAUUGGUUUGGAGGAAUUUUUUUCUUAUUUGUGCCCCUGUUUCUUUGGGCAUAAAACGAUGUACACAUAUGGUACGGCAUCCAUGGCUUGAAGGGUUUUGGUUUGUUCAUAUAUAGAAAAGCUAGUAAGUAGUAACAAUUGGAACAUAGAAGUAUUUGU